AUGGAUUCCAAAAAGCUCAACAAGAUCACAGAAAUAGUUAGGUUGCAACGGAUGCUAAAGAAGUGGAAGAAGCUUGCAGUUGCACCAAAGAGCAACAGCAAGAGCAUCAAGUUCCUCAAGAGGACCCUCUCCUUUUCCGACACUUCAUCAGCACUCUCUGGAGAUCAUGUCCCCAAGGGGUAUCUUGCUGUAUGUGUUGGAGAGGAAAUGCAGAGGUUUGUGAUCCCUACUCAGUAUUUGAGUCACAGGGCCUUCGCAGUUCUGCUCAGAGAAGCAGAAGAGGAGUUCGGGUUCCAGCAGGAAGGUGUGCUGAGGAUCCCCUGUGAGGUUUCUGUGUUUGAGAGCAUACUAAAGGUGGUGGAGAAAAAAAAGGGAGGGUUUUGCUAUUGUUCUUCUGAGGCUGAAGUUGCUCAGGCCCAUCACCCACCAAAACCUAUAUGCAGAUGA